GGCGGUUGGCAACUAUUUUUUAUAUAGAAUCUUCUGGCGCUGCAUGUUCAAAGACUCUGUUUCGGAUCAGAAAGACACCCGGAGAAUCGGAGAGAAGCUUUGCGCGUUACUCAUAGGGCGUAUCUGCUGUAUGACUUUGCAGCCGUCUCGACUAUCCAUUGCCGUUUAUAUAUACGCCCCCUUUCAUGAACUGAACCAUUCCAGACCAGUUGUAUAAACUAUCCUGUCUGUGUUUCCUUCUUUUCCUCAUACUAUAGGGGUUGUUGAGCUGUGCUAAGAGAGUUGUCCAAACUUUCACGACAGCUACAUUCAGCGCUCAAUUUACAUACCUUCACGCCAUCAUGUUUGGAAAGAUGAUAUGAUUGUUCUACUAGCAUAUCUAUAAGCAAAAGACAGUUUUAUUUUGAGAGUCAUCAUCGGCUUUGUGAGAUUUGUACAUGCAUGUUGUUCGCAUGAUCCACAGCCGCUCCCUUGCCCGAAUGCUAGUUUUGGGUUGGACAUGAAGAGCUCAUGCUCAGUUUCCGCAGGACAUAUCUGCUAGCACGGCCCCGGGCUUCUUUGCUGAUAUCAAUGCGAAGGGCCCCAUUUCCGUGAUAGGGGCUCUGUUACAUACCCUCAAAACCGGAGGCCCAAAUCGCAGUCUCUUUAAACUGCCCCAGACAGUUUUAAGGCUAACCAGUCCAGGAAUCCAUUUGCCAAUGACUGCUUAGAGGCGUCAAGCGGUGUUGUGAAAGCGUAAGUGCGUUAGGCGACCCGAGCCAAAGGGUCAGUCCAAUCAUCUGGAAUUCGAGGAUCCGCGUUUCGAUGACGAAUGUAACGUCCCUCUCGAGCAUGAUAGGCGGAUGGCGCACUGCAAGUUGAAAACGACCCCAGUGCCAGACGGGAAAGAACGGCUGUGUCCCAACAGUGUGAUGAGUGGUAUCAUUACCCCUUCCCCUUGGACAACUUUUGAAAAUAAUCCUAUGGACCGCGGAUCUUUCAUUCCCUAUGACUCCCAUGGCCGAUUUUAUUUUGCCAAAAAUCCAAUGAAUACCGCGGUUGCCUGCAAACAGGCCGAUUGUCUAUCUAUUUCCAAUUUCCCGCUCAGCAUAUGAUGAGAGGCAACAACGAAGUGCUCGCGCUCUUAGCAAGACUCAGCUCUGUAAUUAUGAGUGGGUCAUCAAUAAUGCCUCUCCCAACGUCCCAUAAUCAAGUGACUUGACUUGACUUUGAUUGGACUCCAUGACAAGAUUGCUGACUGUUAUUUGCAAAAGCAGCCCGAUCAGCUAGCGUGAUACAGUGGCGGUACACUGGUUUGUUGUAUUGCACUAAUACAGGCUCGGGGGCUCUCAUGCAGGCGCCAACGCAUACAGCCAUUUUCGCGUUGGGUUCCAUUUGUAAUGUCACAUUGCCCAAUAAAGUCAAUACACUAGGCUGCAAGUCGCUGCAAGGCCCUUGAUCCUGGACAUGGCUAGCUUGUUUGAGCAUAGAUUGACGCCCACCGCCUGCUGAUGCAAACCAACAAAUGCAUUCCUUUCCAUCGCAGCCGAGCACAUCCACUUCAGCCUGCGCCCCUCCUCGUGUUCCUCUCUCUCCUCUGCCAUGGGAAGGUUAUUGUUUCUUCCCAAGUUUUCCGGAAGCAUUCGCUGUUUGGAAGAAUUUUCUUCGUGCUCUAAUUAUCUUAUUAAAAGAUAAUUAUUUCGGAUUCUAAAAUUUCCUCUUUUUUCUAAUUUUUCUACGUUUAUUUUGCUGUGAAAUCCGGCUCACUUGUCCUUUUCUGCCUUUGUUCUGCUUAUGGGACUUUCGUAAUACCGCUAGUGGUACGAAAGAUAUUUCAGGCGACACCAAGACUGCUGGCGCAGUCUUGGUAUCAGCAGAUAUUGCCGUUUCAAGUUUAGUGUCUUUACAUAGAUCAAGCUGAUGCAUAAUUCUUGCUGCGGCCCAGAGUUGAAACCGGUCUUGGGAUGCCAACUUUGCCCAUGAGCCCAGAAUUCCCAUCUUUCUCCCCUUUUGUCGCCAUCUUCCAUCUUUGUUCGUCGCCUCUUUCCCUCUCUCUCCACUUUCAAUCGUCCACUCUGUUACCAUAUCACAAGUUUCCAACACGACUCAUGCUCAUAUAAACGAAAAUACAAAUUCAAAAUGGCGACCCUCAAAGCGUACAUUAUUAUAUAGGGUGCCACCCCAUUCUACUUGCCCUUCUCUUGUCUUCAUGAUGAGCGCGGUUGAAAGGGGCCUUAUGAGGGCUUCCAGUAUGACGACCAGUCCGAGAUUAUCUACUAAGCGAGAAUCGACACCACCCUCCGUCGUCUCCGAUCCAGCACUCCUCCAUAUCCAUGAUCGUUUACAUCAACUAGAUGCCAAAGUAAUCGAACUCCGUUCCUCUAUCUUGACCCCCGAUGAAUAUGUCGACCGACGAAACCGCCAGGAUGAGUUCAUCCGGCGAGAGUUCGACGGGCAACGCCAGGUUUGCAGCCGUAUUGAGCUGAAUGUUGGAAGAACGAAAAGUGACGUUACCCAACUGAAGGAUGGGUUAACGCAGUUGAAGUCUGAAAUGCUACAGCUAAGAACUCAUGUCACCCAACUUGGCUCGAAGGAAGCAUUUCUCCAGAGUGAUAUCACCCAACUCCAAAGUGAUGUCAACCAACUUCAACUCGAUGUCCAAAAACUACAUGCCGAUGUUUGCGCUACCCGUACCGAUCUCAGCCAAAUCCAGUCUAUCGUAAGCCAGCUUCGCAUCGAUUUAAUGACUCUGCGGAGAGAGACAUCCCAAAACUUCGGGCUGGUUUUCUCUCGAUUCUCGGCGAUGGAAUCGCGGAUGAAACACAUGGAACGCACCAGGUUCAACUCUCUCGCCCAGACGAUACAUGCCCCUAUAACGCCAGUCCCUCUUGUCGAAGAUGACGGUUCCGUUCGCUGGCCCGAAUAUUUCCCCCCAACAGUUUGGAAAUUUUGGUGUUUGAAGAAAAGAAACAGGGUCCAUCGACUCGUCGAGCUUGCCGAUUUUUACGAGCUGGAAGGAUACCAGUAUUGGGGUCGUAUGCCUCAUGCCCAUGAUGCUACUUUCGCCACAGAUGGCAAUAUGAGCGACUCGAGCGAUUCGAGCGACCUGCCAUCAGACCUCACCCGCGCAGAAGCAGCCCGAGAAUAUCCAGAAGCUUGCCAUCAGGCGUUAGCCGCCACUCUUGGUCUGGUGUAUUACAAGAUCCGAAACGAAGUCGGCGAAGGUCCUCUGGGACAUCACGUUCCAGCGGCCCACAAACGUCUGCAGGACGAAGUUGGAUCGAUCAAUUCUUCAUCAAGACAAAAACCAGCCAAACUCUCCCGUCGCUCUAAUGAGAGCUCACCGACCAACUUACGCAUCCACACCGGUGCCGCCCUCGAUGCGAAGUCCAUCGUUUCUGAGGGACUGGAUAAGCUAGGUUGGAAUGUUCACGCGUCACAGAUGUCCGAUGACACGAUGAGUAAACUGAAGGGAAUCGUAUCCGAUGAAGUCAACACCAUCCUGCUCCACGCAUUGGAACGCGGCCGGAUUCGGCUGAAACCCAAUGCCUUCGAACGUCACCAACAAUCGCCCACAAACUCUUCCAGACUUAGCAUUCGUGCCAGGCCCAACUUCGAUGAAUUUGCAGCACCACAUGACGAUGAUAUGGCUACUAUUGCCAACACUAUUCCAACCGAAAUCAUUUCGCCUCGAUCUUCCGGGGAGGAUGGACGUUGGAUUCCAGGGAAGAUGUCGGAAACGCCCAGUCCCUAGGGGUGUCUCCAUCGCGUGGUUCUCGCGUCUAUAUAUCUUCCUUGGACUCCAAAGUCAUUUUCUCAGAUCAAUAUUGCAUGCUUGCUUUUCCCCAUAGGAACCAUAUCUUCCUAUUCACGAGCGCUUCUUACUCUUCUACGUCCGCUACCGAUCAAUACAUUCCUACCAUACUACGGUGAUCAAAUCUGGUUCCAUUCCUUCGUUUCCACUGCUUCGCGUGUCGUUUCCCUAUCGAUUCGACGGGCACUUUUGGUUAACGAGGGUAAAACAACUGGGCAAGGACGGCGUUUGGACAACCAAGCACAAUGGGCGCGUCAACUAGCAUCGUCCGUUUCACGUUUGAUAACUGCAUUUCACUGGUGUUUUCGGGGUCACCUUCUUACAACAUUUAUCUGGCGCUCUGUUUAUAUCUAUUUUUUUUUUUUUCAGCUUUUUAUUCAUGCCCACCUUCAUGUCCAACAUACCACUUCAUGUCCAACGCACCCCAUCCUUCACACUACUACCCUUAACACCCGCCUACUUACUACACCUUUCUGUCUUACUCUGCUCUCGCAUUCUAUUCUCGGCUUCCUAUUUAUUUACAUUCUUAGCGCAGAUAUAUCCAUCCCCUAACAAUGCAAAUACAAAUAUAAAUUAUAACAAAAUCCUUGUGUGUAUUCAUUUUUCAUUAAGAGUCUACAGAGCGAGAUAGGGUAGAGUUGAAAAAGUGGUGAACAAUUUUGAUUAACCCCUUAUUCACGUGACCAUAUAGCCCUAACUCAAUUUUC